GCACGCUACCGGAAGUAUGAUUUGAAGGAUGGCGGAGGUUCCAAACGAUGCUCCUGAACACUGUCCGGGCAGCACCAGUGAGAAAGCGGGGACGUCGGCGGCGUGUGAGGGCUGUCCAAACCAAUCAGUAUGCGCAUCUGGCGCUCCCAAAGCUCCAGACCCCGCCAUAGAAGGAAUCCGACUGAAGAUGGCCAGCGUGAAGCAUAAGAUUCUAGUGUUAUCAGGCAAGGGGGGCGUUGGGAAGAGCACAUUCAGCGCAAACUUGGCUCAUGCACUGGCCAGUGAUGGCACCAAAGAGGUGGCCGUGCUGGAUGUAGACAUCUGUGGACCAUCCAUACCUAAAAUAAUGGGGCUUGAGGGGGAACAGGUCCAUCAGAGCGGCUCAGGCUGGUCCCCUGUGUAUGUGGAGGACAACCUGGCAGUCAUGUCCGUUGGCUUCCUGCUUGGGAGCCCUGAUGAUGCUGUCAUCUGGAGGGGUCCGAAGAAGAACGGCAUGAUCAAGCAGUUCUUGAGGGACGUGGACUGGGGCGAACUGGACUAUCUGAUAGUGGACACGCCUCCGGGUACAUCUGACGAGCACCUGUCAGUGGUGCAGUACCUCAGUGGAGCUGGCAUUGACGGAGCAGUCAUCAUAACCACGCCUCAGGAAGUGUCCCUGCAGGAUGUGAGAAAAGAGAUCAGAUUCUGUCAGAAGGUAAAGUUGCCUAUCAUCGGGGUGGUGGAGAACAUGAGUGGCUUUGUGUGUCCAAAGUGCAAGAACACAUCCCAGAUCUUCCCACCGACCACGGGAGGGGCGCAGAGGAUGUGUGAAGAUCUGUCACUUCCACUGCUGGGCCAGGUGCCCCUGGACCCACGAAUAGGAAGAAACUGUGACCAGGGAAAGUCUUUCCUGAAUGAAGUGCCAGAGUCGCCCGCAUCCAUGACCUAUCGCACCAUAAUACAGAGUAUAAAAAAUUAUUGUUCUUCCAAUUUUGCAGCAGAUGCAAAUGCAGACUAGAUCUGUACAACCAUCGAGUGGAACGGAAAGACCAUUAGAUGAAAAGUCUCAUCUUGUAUAAUAAUAGAUAUUCAAUUGCAGUACAUCACAACCUUUCCUUCAGAGUUGUAUUUUUCUUCUGUAUGCCUAGAAUAAACCUUCUUUAUUACUAUUCUCA